AUGGUAAAAUUAAAGCUCAACACUGGGCUAGGGGCCGCCACUGCCGACAAAAAGAAUAACAAGGUUUCAUCCCCGAAAGUAACGGCGCCAAAGAUCAAGCUCAAGACGAAACCUACUGGCGGGCCAACACUCAAGCUCCGAACGCCGUCGAUGCCACAACUUCCCUCCGCAGCAGCCCCCAGUGCUCUCAACUCCCCAGCACCGAUCAAAAACCCCGUGGUAAAGUUCAAGACCAAAGCGACGCACAGCACCCACAAACCGCGACGGCGCGAGCCUGGCAACGGGUACGAUUCUGAGGCGUCUGAUAGGGAAGAAGACCCCGCGAUCGAAGAGCAGUUUAUCCUGCGUAUGCAACCCGGCGAGGACUGCGAGUACAUCCGCGAGGUGAUCGAGAAGAAGGAGUUGAACGUGACAACGGAUGUGUGGAUGAAAUUCAAGGACUCGCGCAGGGCGGUGGUAGGUGUUCGUGGGAAUUUGUACAGCGCUUUACUGGUGGACUUGCCGUGCAUUAUUGAGUCGAACAAGACUUUGGAUAAGAAAGCUAUUUUCAAAUCAGCGGACAUAUCACAAAUGCUCGUCGUCGGCGACCGGAUUGAUAGAGAGGAGGAAGUUCUCAUCGUCCCCGCUCGUCCCCAGGACAUCACAUACCCGCACGGAGUCACCCCGCCAAUGCACUACGUCCGUAAGCGCCGCUUCAGAAAACGCAUAUCAAAUCGUACCAUUGAAGCCGUGGAAGCCGAAGUCGAGCGUCUCCUAGCCGAGGACGCCAAGGCCGAAAGCUCAAAGUUCAGCCUGGUGGACGCAGUGGAACUCGAGCGUGAAGAGAUCAACGCAAUGUCGGACGUGGAUCCAAACGAAGGCUCGUACGACCUCCUAGGCGACCAGGAAUACGACUAUGACCAAGAUGCUGAAGGCGAGAUUGACGAGGACUACCCUGGAGCCGUAGGAGCCGUAGGUGCAGGAGAUGACGUAGAUGUGGACGGUGACACCCUAGCCAAUGACCUCGAAUCCGCCCUCAUGGACGAAGGCCCCGACGCCGACGGUGACAAUACCAGCGGCAACGCCCUCCACCCCUCCGGUCAAAACGGCACCGUCGCCGCCACCCCCGCUGAGGAGGAAUCUGAAGAUGACGAUGACGACGACGAAGAGGAGGAAGCAGGCGAACUGGACGAGGACGCGACCGAGGCAGCCCAAGAGAGGGAGAGACUUAAAGAGGAAAUCCACGACCUCCAAACCGCUAUCCGUGCCAAAGAGAGGGAGCUGUCGAAAAUCACCAACAACCUCCUACGUGGCAGGGUGGAACUGGUCAUCUCGAGUUUACAGUGCGAGUUGGAUAUGAAGAUGUUGCAGGCCACGGGCGGGCAGCCGAAGUGA